GAGGAAGGGAAGUCCUCUCUCACGCUCCAGAGUUUAGUCUGCUCCGACUGCCGACACACACACACACAAACACACACUCAGUGUCAGUGUCAGACAGGACGGGAGAGGACAGGAGAGGAGAGGAAAAUGCUGCUGAACCCCUUGAUAUCACGACUCCACACACUCAGAGUUUGGAUGAUCAGACCCGAUGACUUUAUUUAUUGAACUUUCUGGAUUUCCUCUGGAGCCUGAAUGUUGCCUCUGGGCAAAAUGCACUCCAGAGCCAAGUCCCGCAGCUGUGAGAACUACCUGAGCAUCAAGGAUGCUGAGUCUUUAGACCACUGUAUCCAGAGGGCUCUGUCUGCCCUGUACCGUCCCUUCUGUACCACUGCUUCCACCGUCCUCUGGCAGCUCUUCAGUGUGGUGGAGAGACAGUACCGUGGGGACGGCCUCCGCUGCUUUGUUGACUUCCUGCUUCCUGCCAAACGGAUUCUGCAGAUCAUCCAGAAAGAGAGCUGUGUGAAGUUCAGAGGUUUGCUGUUCUACCACGAGGGCUGGCCGCUCUGCAUUCACGAGAAGGUCGUCCUGCAGCUCUCCCCCCUGCAUAAAGUUCGACUAAAGCAAGGAGACUUCUACCUACAGAUCGUUCCGUUGGGCCACAAAGCUGCCAAGCUCGUGAUAAAAUGUCUGUCUGCCAGUGGGCAGGCCGUUGCAGAAAUCCCCAUCUCAGAGAGCAUGUAUGGCAGCGUCUUCACGGCUGAGUUCUUGCAGAAUGUAACGCGUGACCAAAACCUGCACCCGCUACAGAACUGUCUGCUCACCACCGGCACGGCCGUGUACAGGACGCCGUGGAAAAACGUGGUCAACCCGCUAUUUAUCAGCAGCACGGCGGACGCCAUCAUGCAGACCCGAUGCAGCCGAGGCAGCUUCCGUGGCCACCUCAGCACCUGCAGCACCAGCGGGUCCACCGGCACUCUGGACAGCCACCGCAGCUCCAGGGAGUCCCUGCACUCCCUGGGAGCUGACUCCAUUUUCUCCGAGCCCACCUCCCCAACCGGGAUCCACGUGGACCCCAGCGGCGGGAACCAGAAUGUCAACAGUCCUUCUGCCCCCAUUAAGAUAGAAAGACCGGGAGAAGAGGGCGUGAAAGAACCGGGGGAUGAGGAUGGUAGUGAGAGAACAACCGGGACCAAGACGAUCUCUUUUAGUACUGACCUCAGUAAUCCAGGCCCUUUGCGCCGUACACCCAGAGACACUGCUGCCUUUGAGAGCAGGAGACUUUUUAGGAAAUCCUACAUGGAGGCCUUGCAGAACCCCAUGACCCUCGGGUCCAGCUCUGAGUCCAUAUUGGAGGAAAACCACGAGAAUAGCACUGGACUUAGAGAAACAGCCGUUACACCAGGGAGCAGCCCCGACACCCGCACCUCUCCCCRAGAACACUUGUCCCGCAGGUUCGGCAGUCGAGGCUGGCUCAGCGGCGAUGACUCCAGACCCGGCACGCCUUUGUUUUACUUUCAAAAGGGACUGCGGAGCUCUGAGAGGCGAGCGGAUAGACGUUCCAAGUCGCUAGAGAGGACUAACAAGGCCGGCCAGGUGAAAGGCCACCGGGAGCGAUCGUCGUCUGGAGGAUCAACGAACAUCUCUCCCAAAAAGCUGAUGAACGGUUACGCUCUCCGAUUUGGAAAGCUGGAUGUGGAGGCUGGGCUUCCGGGAAAUGAGAGGAGAAGCAGCAAAGACGAGCCAGGGCAAUGGGAUGACGGCAUCGGCACUGAGAACAGAAGGCACAAAACGAACAGUGAAGAGUUGCAAGGUCCAAAAACGGCGAAUGGGACGAGUUCGACUUCAAACCUGAGCUUUUCCUGGGAUUAUAAUUCCUCUUUCCCCAAAACGAUAUCAGAAACCAAUCAGGAGCUGCUCACAUCAGGGGCUGUGAUUCUGCCAGGAAACAGAGAUCGUGGUGGGAGAGCGGUGCUGCAGGUGUGCACACGAGCUCAGGUGUGGGCAGGUGAGGCGUGCACGGUCAACAACCUGACCUGUUUACUGGGCUACUACCACUCAACMCUGCGGAAAGAAAGGCGCAAUCAAGGCCUCGCUGUUGUAAUAGACGGCAGAAAGCAGCCGGCUGUUCCAGCUCUGUUGUCAUCUCUGUUUGAAUUUCAGAGUUUAUUACCGAAUGCACUUUACUCAGUUCUGUUCUUGGCGGACAAAGAUGGGUCGACCAAACUUGAUAGAGAUCUCAACGUGCAGACUGAGACACUUUCAUCCCUGAAGGCCCUGGUAAAGCACAUCGACCAGACCCAGCUGACACCAGACCUGGACGGCACCUUCCACUACAACCAUGAGCACUGGAUCGGCUUCAGACAGAAAGUUGAACCAUUUGCCAGCAGCUGCAGCRCCGCCAUCAGCUUCCUGCAGGAGUCCAUCAGCACACUGAGUGCCGGUGGAAGUCUGAAAACAUCAGAGGAGGUGUCUGAGGUGUUGGAACAGCAGAGGCGUCUCAUGAAGUGCGUUCUAGAAGACAUGGGUCUGAACCGACUGCGUCUGGAAGGCGGGACCGUCCUCGCCCGCAUCAGGAAAGAAUCGUGCGAGAACGAGAACUACAGGGAUGCCGUGGAGAAGCUGAGUACUCUGUACAACCAAGUCGAUGAAGAGGUUCACAAACUUGUGAUUUUAUCCAACAAGUCCCAGAAGGACUUGGAGAGUCAGCUGGAGGUGCAGAAGUUUGACGAGCAAACGCAACAGGCUUCCCAGUGGAUGGAUCACUGUCAGGACUAUUUCAGCCAGCUGAGUCUGGACAGCUCAGACGGGAGAGUUUCCCCCUCUGUGGUGCAGAUCCUGCAGGAUUACUGCGUGGAGGCAUCCAAGUUCUCCACKGACAACUUCAGCACGCUCAACAACAUGGUCCUGUCCCUGGAGAGUCCUCAGCAGCUGCAGCAGUGGACCUCAGUGUGGCAGCGAUGUCAGCAGACCAAACAGCAGCUGGAGGAGACUUUAGCUCGAGCCACGACGUCRCUCCGGAACUCUACCGCCGUCGACGCGGUGGACCCUUUAAAACCUGUAGCGGGUCUCGGUUCUGCUGAGCAUCACGGAGCUAACGGAUGCAUGCGUUUACCCGAGGUCAUCACGGCUCUGACCUUUGAGGACAGCACGUCUGCCUCUGCGGGACCUUUCCCGUCCAGCUCRGCGGCGUCACGCUUUUCUUUCCCCCGCGACGGUGAAAACAAGCCGGGCCAGAGCUCGUCCACGUACGACGACACGGACAGCGACUGCACCGUCGACUCCGCCGUCUCCUGCCGCUCCGAGCCCGUCUACUCCAAAACCACGCGGCUCCGUAAGCAGCCCAUGAAGAAGAUCAUGAAGAAGACCAUGAGCUUCGAGCUGACCCCGAGGGACGCCGGCCACUCGGACGCCGGCCACGUCCACGGCUACACGGGGGUCUACAUCAAGGGCCUGGAGGUGGCCAACAACGUGUCGGCAGAGAAGAAGCUGCAGAGGCCCGACGUGACGAGUCCCGCUUUGGGACGCAGCCGCAGCAUGUCCACGCCGUCCAGGACGUAUAACAGGAGCAGUGAGGGGGACGGACAGAAACAGAGCAGAAUAAACAAUUGGAGCUGGAAGACAAGAUGGACCUGGCCUCCUACCUGCUGAAGCCCAUUCAGAGGAUGAGUAAAUACGCUCUGCUGCUCAAAGACCUGAUAAAGGAGUGCAGUCAGUCCCAGGAGCAGGAGCUGAGCGACCUCCGAACCGCAGAGGAGAUGGUCAAGUUUCAGCUUCGCCACGGCAACGACCUGCUGGCCAUGGACGCCAUUCGAGGCUGUGAUGUGAACCUGAAGGAGCAGGGUCAGCUGCGCUGCCAGGACGAGUUCAUCGUCUGGUGCGGACGCAGGAAGUACCUCCGCCACGUCUUCCUGUUCGAAGACCUUAUCCUCUUCAGCAAGACCAAGAAGAUAGAAGGAGGAUACGACUUUUAUAUCUACAAACAGUCCUUCAAAACGGCGGAGAUCGGCAUGACGGAGAACGUCGGCGACAGCGGCCUUCGCUUUGAGAUCUGGUUCCGUCGCAGGAAGUCCCAGGACACGUUUAUACUCCAGGCCAGCUCUGCCGAGGUCAAGGCCGUGUGGACGGCUAUUAUCGGCAAGAUCCUGUGGCGGCAGGCYCUGAGGAACAGAGAGCUGCGUAUGCAGGAGAUGGUGUCGAUGGGGAUCGGAAGCAAACCCUUCAUGGACAUCAAGCCGAGCGAUGCAGCUAUCAGCGACAGAGCCAUAGAUUACAUCAUGAAGGGGACAGAGUCUCGGACGAGGGCGUCGGUCACGGUGCCGUCGUUCGAGCACUGCGCCGCCUUCAAGAGGCCCCACUCCACCAUCUCCAACAGCAGCACCUCCUCCUCCAGCAGCCAGUCGUCCUCCUCCCUGCUGGGCUCCCUCAACCUCCACCUGUACUCCUCGCCCUCCCACCCCCACCCCCACCCGAUGGGCAGCGUGGCCUCCUUCGCCCAGUGGCCCUACGACUGCAUCGAGGAGGACGAGCUGGAGCAGGACACCGUUGGCAGUCAGCCCUCCAUGAGUGGGUGGAGCCUUCAGACCUUUGUCCUAAACAGACAGAUAAAAAACUAGAAAAAAGAAGCAAAACACUAGCUACAAGCUCAAAUAAGCAAAAGCUAGUUAAAUGUAGAAAAA